UAAUUGUCAAAUUAAUGUCACUAUUUUACCAUCCAAUUUUCUUAUCUUAGCAAAAGAAGCAGAUAUAUGAAAUUUUCGUGUUAAAAUUAUGAUACAUUUUCAUUUGAAGCGAAAAUGCCCGACCACAGAUUAUUUUUGCUUGAAUUUUUAAUCAACAAAAUUGAAAUUGACAGAGAUGUACUAGCUCCACCUAAACUUGAAGACCUAUUGGUUCAUUUUCGGUGUCCAGAUUUUCUAUUCCUUGAUAUUACUGCUGAGGAAUUUCCUGCUGAUCCCUUAGAUACUGAUUUUGUGGCGAAAGAUGGAGUGUAUAAAUUUAAUUUCGGAAAAACUUAUUUAUUUCCAUACCCUUCAGACAAACUUAUCAACACUAUAGAAAGUACUCCACUGGAAAUAGAUCUCAGAGUAUCUAGAAAAACAGUAGGUUCGGCUAUUUUUCCAUGGAUAAAAGAUUUCAGUGAAAUGAUCAAUAUUUUCGAAACCAUUGGCGUAGUGAAAAGUGUAAACUAUAGUGGAGUUUUUGAUAUGAUCUCCCUUGAACAUAAAAGAGUUGGAGAAAUUGAUAUCAUAAUUAAAAUGUCAUGUUUGGGAACUCACAUGGAAACAUAUUUUUAUUUAUUAAAGAAAGGCGGCAUCUUUAUGGGAGCCAAAAGCGAUGUACAAUAUAAAUGUGAAAGGUACAAUUUCGAUGAUGACGUUGUUCCCCCAGUCGCCAGUAUUUUCAAUCCAUUAAUGAACGGUCGUAUAAGUAUACAGAGACUAUCGUGGACUGAACUUUUUGGAAGCAAACAGACCGAAGCAAAACAGAGCUUUGCCCCAAUGCUUAUAGAAUUCGAAGAUGGAGUUUGUCGAGCUCCAUUACCUCCCCUCAGCCGCUCAGCUCCUGACACAGUAAGCCAUGGUAGCCAAUAUGAUAUUGUGUCCAUGGUUUUCAGACCACCAGAAAAUAAGUUCUUUGAUUUUUUGAAUAUGAUGAGGGCAGAAGUAUGCGCUACAGAGGAGGAAACUGUUGUUACCGUGGCUAUUGAUAAACCUAAGAAAACUACCACUAUUUUUACAGAUGAAGUUCAAAUGCAUGACGAUCCUUAUGAUACUGAACCAGAAGGUACCGAACUAACAGCGGAAAAAAUGAACAAGCAGUUAUGUAAGCACAAAGACUGCCCGGCAGCCAAGAAGUUUAAGAAAUACGGUAUUGGUCCUCUUGCCACAGGAUUAGGUCUGGGAACUAUGUAUGAUAUCGUCGAACCUCCAGUUACCUACGGUUUAAGUAACACUUAUGGAAGUUUCGAACAUUAUGGACCAUAUGGUGUGUUUAGAAGACCUAAAGAUCCAGAUCAACCCUAUUAUCCCCCAGCCCAAAAAUUUAAGACAGAAAAUGAAAGCAAAAUGUCACUGAAUACUUGCAGUUGUAAACAGGCAAAAUGUAGUCAUUCAAAACUCUUAGGGAGAGAGGGAUGUUCAAAAACAUGUAAACAUAACUAUCCAUUUCCUAAAAAAGAUCCAUCAAGAACUCUUCGCCUGAGAGGGGGUGGUAUGCCCACGAUCGAACAGAAUCAUUCGAUUCUGCUGAGGACUAAUGAAAAUCUUAUAAAAGAAUCCAGUGCAUUAUUGAAUUCUUUCAGAAAUAAUAAAAUACGAGGAAGAGUGUGUCAAGAGCCGGCAACAUCUAGAUGUAUAACACCAAAAUCUGCAAUUAUCGAAUGCAAGUCUAUUAUGGAUCAGUUUGACCAAGUCGUAAAUGCGUAUAAAAAGGCAUUGGGUCCUUGUGGUGAAGUGACAUGCCCCUAUGCGACCAAUGUGAUAGAAGAGCAGUGCAGAGAUUACUGUAAAGGACUAAAACAACCGGAAGAGCCACCAAAAGGAAAGAGCUGUGAAAGUAUUCCAUGCAAGCAAGAUUUUUGCCCUUAUCGCGAAAUAAAAUACCCCUUUGGAUGUGGCACCUCUAACUGUGCUUAUGCGAAGUACAAAACAGGAUUGCGGGAAGAGGACGCAGCUCUAGAACUAAUGUUUCUUCCACCAGCUCUAGGAACCAAAUGUGGACAUCCCAAAUGCGAUUAUCCCGGGGACGUCUUACCACCCAUUCAUUGGGAUUGCCCAGAUCCGUUACCAACCGAUACUUGCAAAAAUCCAAAUUGUCCUUUACAGCCUCCUGAGCUACAAAAAUUAAAAUGCCCGGUUCCCGAACUACAAAAAUUAAAAUGUCCCGUUCCUAAUCCAGAGAAACGCGGUCCCUGUGGAAGCAUAUCUUGUCCGUAUGCUCUACCAGAACCAUGUGACAACCCCAACUGCCCUUUUAACGAAACUCCUUGUCCAUAUUUGGGAGGAAAGCAAGCAGGUGAUCAAGGCAAUGAAGGAAUAUGCAAUAACCCAGAAUGUCCACCUAGGAAACAAAAAUUGGAAAAUUUCUGCGGAUAUCCCAAUUGUCCCUUCAAAUCAGAAACUACCGACAGCGUCAAAAACAGUACGUGCAGUAAUCCACAAUGUCCUUUUGCAUUAAAAGAUGUAGAGAAAGGUAGCAUAUGCGGUAAUCCUGAUUGCCCUCAGGCAAAAAAGAAAACAACAUGCCAAAAUCCUCUUUGUCCUUUUAAUACAGAAAUAAAUAAGAAAAGCAAUGUAUGUACUGACGAGGAGAGCAUAUGCGACAAUCAGGAUUGUCCUCAUGCAAAAAAGAAAGAUAACAUAUGUGAAAAUCCACUUUGUCCUUUUAAUAGACCAGUGUGUAAAAAGAGUAGCAGUUAUACUGAUCCAGAAUGCCCAUUUGUAUUAAGUAUGGAAGAAAAUAACACAUGUGACAAUCCUCAUUGUCCUUUUGCAAAAAAGAAAGGUAAUAUAUGCCAAAGUCCCCUCUGCCCCUUUAACGAAGAAGUCAGCAAGGAAAACAGUAUUUGUGGUAAUCCCCGCUGUCCAUUUGCGUCGAAAGAUACCAAAAAGAAGAGUACAUGCAAUAACCCUACGUGCCCUUUCGCUACAGAGGAAUGUAAUGUAUGUAAAAAUUCUGAUUGCCCCUUUAACACACAAACAGUCAAGAAUGGCAGUGUAUGUGAUAGUCCCGAUUGUCCAUUUGCAAUAAAAGAUACAGAAAACGACAGCAUAUGCGAUAAUCCUGAGUGUCCUUAUGCACCAAAAGAAGUUAAUACAUGUCAAAGACCUCCCUGUCCAUUUACUAGACCGACGAGUAAGAACAGUUCAUGCGAUAAUCCAUUUUGUCCGUUUGCUGACGAUUCUGACAGUGGUUCUAGCUGCGACAAUAUUGACUGUCCAUUUGCUAAAAAUAAAAGUAUGGCUUCUAUUUGCAGUAAUCGCAGUUGCCCCGGAAAUAAAACUAUUUCUGAUAAUGUUUGUAAGAAUCCUGAAUGUCCUUUUGCUAAACAAGAAAGAGGUGGUGGAGAUAAUAUUUGUGGAAAUCCCAAUUGUCCUUAUAAUAAGAAAAACUUGAGCUCGUAUUGUUCGGAUCCUAAAUGCCCCAGAGGGGAUAUUCAAGGUACAGAAGCAAAUGUUGUAGCCCCAUCUCAAACCGCAGUGAAGUCUCCAAAACAGGCUGGUCAAUCAGGUACUAAAGUGAAAUCAGAAAGCGGGACCAAGAAAAAGACCAAGAAAAGGGGAAGAUUUGUAUAUUCAGUUGGAGAUAAAUAUCCGGGUGUCUUAAUUGGUCAUCGAGAGUGUGUCAUACCGAGGCGCAAUGUACCGUCAUAUAUGGGAUGGCUUUGGAACAAACAUACACCAAUACUCCAAAUGAAGCCUAGAAGAGGUUGGCGUCCAGGAGCUAUAGAAAGAACAAUCGCAAAACGUAUUGAAGCUCAUAGAAUUGCUAAAGGACUAGGAAAAUUAAAUAUUCCCCAUUUUCCAUCAAGAGGUCCUGGACGUCAAUAUGAUGGAGGAUCUUCGUCUUCAUCUCUUCAUGUUAAACCUAAACCCACACUGAAAAUUCAAAAGAAAGACGGUGUUUACAACAUUACAAUGAAUCCUUUGAAAGAUCCUAAAACUCUUGCAGAAAACGAAGAUCCUUAUAUGGAGUGUACUCCGAUGCAGUUUAAAAUAACAAAAGCUAAAAAAGAUGAUGACUCCAAGCUAUGCCAUUGUGAUGAUGAACCUGAGUCUAGUAGCGAUAGCGAACUAGACAUAGAAUUUACUCCUCCAGCUGGAAUCAUACAUCCGGAACGAUUUAAAAAGAAGAAAAACAUUGUAAAUUGUCAGUCGCAAUAUGAUGCGACAGAUUUUAAAACCAAGGGGAAAGGCAAAAAAGAUGGAAAGAAGGGUAAAGGUAAAGGUAAAGGUAAAGGUAAAGGAAAGGGCAAAGGUAAAGGCAAAGGUAAAGGUGGCAAGAAAGGAAAAGGUAAAAAGUAAAUCAGCACGAUGAAGAAUUAAUGGUUGAAAAAUUGAAAAUAUUUAAAAAAAUUUGGUUUAGAAAUUGAGGACUUUUAGUUUUGAUUAGUAUCCUGGUGUGUUUCUUAUUCCAGUAAUAUAAUUUUCAUACAAAGCUAUAAA